UUGUGUGACUAUAAAGUUAAACCCUGUCAAAURAAUCUAAGUUUACUCAUUUAUGUCGCAUCAACAAAAUAUCCUUAUCUACUUCUUUCUGUUUUUCAUCAGCAUGUAGAUGACCACAGUAUUAUUAUGCCAGAUCAGACAGUCAUCAAAAAAGUAUUAGGACUACGAGGUGGCAGGAACCUUGAUCGCAUACAGAGGACUUAUUAUCAGGGGGGCUUUCUUGCUGGCCCUGUCACACUACCGAAAGGCAACACGCUGGGCCUUCCUUUCCAGAAAGAGUCACUGCUGGGCAUGGUAUCAAACCCCACAGAGGUGUUCUGCUCCGUACCGGGCCGCCUUUCCUUGUUGAGCUCCACGUCCAAGUACAAGGUUACUGUGGCUGAAGUCCAGAGGCGUUUGUCACCCCCGGAGUGCCUGAACGCAUCACUCCUGGGAGGAGUUUUACGCAGAGCCAAGUCAAAAAAUGGAGGUCGUUCUCUGCGAGAGAAGCUGGAUAAAAUUGGACUUAAUUUGCCUGCUGGAAGAAGGAAGGCGGCCAAUGUCACUCUACUUACCUCACUUGUAGAAGGUGAAGCUGUUCAUUUAGCAAGAGACUUUGGUUAUGUAUGCGAGACUGAGUUUCCUGCAAAGGCAAUAGCUGAAUAUUUGGGCAGGCCCCAUGUGGAGCGCAACGAGGUCAACUCUCGCAAGAACAUGCUCCUCGCUGCUAAGCAAAUCUGCAAAGAAUUUACUGACCUGCUCACACAGGACCGGUCACCGUUAGGAAACUCAAGGCCGGCGCCCAUCUUGGAGCCUGGAAUCCAGGGCUGCCUGACUCAUUUCAGCCUCAUCACUCAUGGAUUUGGUUCUCCAGCCAUCUGCGCUGCAAUGACCUCCCUCCAGAACUACCUAAAUGAGGCGCUCAAACAAGUGGACAAGAUGUACUUGAGUUCUGGCAGUGAAACUCAGGGAUCCUCGGAGAGCGGGAGCAAGUCCACUGACAAAAUGGACAAGCACAGGAAAUGAGAGCUCAAAAGGAGAAAACCUGAAUUUCACAAUCACAKAAUACACUCAUUCUUGCUGCCCUCUC